AUGUCACCUUUCAAGAUCGUCUAUGGGAAGCCUUGCCAUUUGCCUGUUGAACUUGAACAUAAGGCAUUUUGGGCAAUUAAGAAAUUGAACAUGGAUUGGAUUAAUGCUGGAAAUAACCAACUACUGGAGUUAAAUGAGAUAAAGGAAUUCAAAGCUCAAGCUUAUGAGAAUGCCAAACUAUACAAAGAAAAGACAAAACGAUGGCAUGAUAAGAAGAUUUUGCCACGGCCAUUUGAACCUAGACAACUAGUGUUGUUAUUCAAUUCCAGGCUAAAUUUUUUUCCUGGCAAAUUGAAGUCUCGUUGGUCUGGCCCAUUUGAGAUAGUGCAUGUUUACCCUCAUAGAGCUGUAGAAGUCAAAGAUGGCAAGACUGACUUUAAUUUCAAAGUCAAUGGCCAACUUUUGAAGCACUAUUGGGGUGCUCUCAUACUUCGUGAUAAACAUUCCAUUGCUCUUCGAACUGCAUAG